AUUAGAGGCUGUUCUGAUGGAAACCAAGGCAGAAACACUUAAACAUCGUUUUUGAGCUUUUCCAGCCAAAAGGAAACUAGUUUAAACCUCAACAUUUGCAACUGUGCUUUUAUGGUGUAUUGAACCUGUUUGACAGCAUCCUGGCAUCAGAACAUGACCAUUAGAGGCUGUUCUGAUGGAAACCAAUGCAGAAACACUAAAACAAUAUUUUUGAGCUUGUCAGGCCAUAAGAAAACUAGUGUAAACCACGGCAUAUGCAACUAUGCUUUUAGGGUGUAUUGACCUGUUUGACAGUAUCCUGGCAUCAGAACAUGACCAUUACAGGCUGUUCUGAUGGAAACCAACGCAGAAACACUAAAACAUCGUUUUUGAGCUUUUCCAGCCAAAAGGAAACUAGUUUAAACCUCAACAUUUGCAACUGUGCUUUUAUGGUGUAUUGACCUGUUUGACAGCAUCCUGGCAUCAACACGUGACCAGUAGAGGCUGUUCUGAAUGCAACCAAUGCAGAAACACUAAAACAUCAUUUUUGAGCUUGUCAGGACAUAAGAAAACUAGUUUAAACCACGGCCUAUGCAUCUAUGCUUUUAGGGUGUAUUGACCUGUUUGACAGCAUCCUGGCAUCAGAACAUGACCAGUAGAGGCUGUUCUGAAUGCAACCAAUGCAGAAACACUAAAACAUCAUUUUUGACCUUGUCAGGCCAUAAGAAACUAGUUUAAACCACGUCAUAUGCAACUCUGCUUUUAGGGUGUACUGAGCUGUUUUAAAGUAGCCUGGCAUCAACACGUGACCAGUAGGGGCUGUUCUGAAUGCAACCAAUGCAGAAACACUAAAACAUCAUUCUUGAGCUUGUCAGGCCAUAAGAAAACUAGUUUAACCCUCACGCAGUCUUCGAGGGGGUCAGUCUGACCCCACGAGACAAACUAUGAAACUUUUGAUUCUUUUUACGUUUUUGGCCACAAGGCACCUACGCGUCGCAGGAUCCGCUGCGGCUCGGUCACCGCUCCCUUCUUCUUCGUCACAGGCCCGUCCCGCAUCCUCUCGGCGUCAGGCGCGACCCCGGCCCACAGAACCUCCCCGUCAGGCGUCCUCCCGGGGUCAGGCGCGACCCCAGCCCCAUGUACCUCCCCGUCCCACAUCCUCCCGGGGUAAGGCGCGACCCCAGCUCCCUGUACCUCCCCGUCAGGCGUCCUCCCGGGGUCCGGCGCGACCCCGGCCCACGGAACCUCCCCGUCAGGCGUCCUGCCGGGGUCAGGCGUCCUGCCGGGGUCAGGCGUCCUGCCGGGGUCCGGCGCGACCCCAGCUCCCUGUACCUCCCCGUCAGGCGUCCUCCCGGGGUCCGGCGCGACCCCGGCCCACGGAACCUCCCCGUCAGGCGUCCUGCCGGGGUCCGGCGCGACCCCAGCUCCCUGUACCUCCCCGUCAGGCGUCCUCCCGGGGUCAGGCGCGACCCCAGCCCCAUGUACCUCCCCGUCCCGCAUCCUCCCGGGGUCAGGCGCGACCCCAGCUCCCUGUACCUCCGCGUCAGGCAUCCUCCCGGGGUCCGGCGCGACCCCGGCCCACGGAACCUCCCCGUCAGGCGUCCUGCCGGGGUCCGGCGCGACCCCAGCUCCCUGUACCUCCCCGUCAGGCGUCCUCCCGGGGUCAGGCGCGACCCCAGCCCCAUGUACCUCCCCGUCCCGCAUCCUCCCGGGGUAAGGCGCGACCCCAGCUCCCUGUACCUCCCCGUCAGGCGUCCUCCCGGGGUCCGGUGCGACCCCGGCCCACGGAACCUCCCCGUCAGGCGUCCUGCCGGGGUCAGGCGUCCUGCCGGGGUCCGGCGCGACCCCAGCUCCCUGUACCUCCCCGUCAGGCGUCCUCCCGGGGUCAGGCGCGACCCCGGCCCAUGGAACCUCCCCGUCAAGCGUCCUGCCGGGGUCUUGGCGCCGCGUUAGAAACCCAUUCUUUCGUAGCUCUCAUUGUGGCGUUCGUGUGCAGCCUUGUUCAUUGUGGCCAUUUGCUAAAUUUUCGUGCCCAGAGCGAGUCGCUGCGUGUGAAGAGCCAGUGGCAUCGAUGUUUCCACAGCGAGUCACUGAUCAGCGCGCUGCUGUUGGCAGGUUUAGUUGAGGUUAGGGUGGUCUGUCGAGGAGCUCCCGCCCCCUGCGACUUGUCCACCGGUCUGCGGGGGAGUUGAGCCUGGUUGUAAACCUCCACACGGUGCGGUUCUCAGAGUAUUGGCUGUCUACAAGAAGACGGUAAGAAAAGCGUUUCAGUGAAAUAAUACCUUCUGUUUUAAAAUGUUUGUUAAAAGAAAACGAGAGAGAGAGAUGCUUUGGCUUUUUGGUUUUUCCUUUUCAGCUGCAGACCAUCGCAGUCAUUUGAUCAGAGCGGAGGGAAGCCAAAGGCCUCAGUAUCUUGAGGAUCACAACACAAAAAGGCACAGUCAGACUGUUCCCUAUGAGCCGCCCCAGCCGGGCUCAGAGAUCACCACAAUCCUGUUCAACUUCAUGUGCAACAGCUCCUGCAUGGGAGGCAUGAACCGCAGACCCAUCCUCACCAUCCUGACCCUUGAGACUUCAGAGUACGUAUGGUUUCAUCUACCAGGAUUGGUGUGAGCUGAAAUGUAUUUGCUGGAUAAAGAGUAGUGUUACAUGGAAACCGAGGGUCGACGUGGUGUAACUUGAUCUCCUGCUUUAUGUAUUUGCCUGUUUUAUGUUUAUUUUGUUUCUAAAUGUAACUUGAAGUUGAAGUUGUGCAUCACUGUUAUCCCACCUCAAAGAUAGCUUUUGCAGCCUUAGUAAAUGUUUUUUUUUACGAUCCCUGUGUCCCGGCAGGGAUCGUAAAACAGAGGAGGCAAAUAGUGCCAAACUUCAGACAGGGGCCAAACAAGUGAAGAAAAGAAGUAUGUGUUUGUUUAUUAAUGCUGGGUUUGUCUUUGCACCUUGGCUGUCUUCUAUCUUACGGAUCACGUUUUGCUUUUCUAGAAAGUGCCCCAGCAACAGAUCCUGAUAUGUGCAAAAGGAAGUCUGGCUCAAGCACAGAC